AUGUACGAGGAAGUCUGCCUCCUCUGCGGUCGCCCAGUCUCCGUCGAUGGACGGGCAUACUGCAGCGACGAGUGCGAGAGCCUCGACACUGCUUCCCCCUCCAUCUCCACCUCGUCCAGUGCCCUCGCCUCGCCGUACCUCCGCUCAAACAACGGCCCCGGCAGCCUCGCCGACGUCCCUGCCCUCCACAAGAACCGGCACUCCAUCUCGUCGUCCUCGACGUCGUCCGCUAUCUGGUCCGUCUCCACAGACGAGGAGGACGAACUCGCUAGCGCCGGUCCCGAUGAGGACCUGCUGCCCGGCUCCGGUACCGAGAGUGCAAAGCCUGCAGAUCCUUUCCUGUAUCCGUUCCAGCCACGCGGUGCAGGCCUGUCUUACGCCCGACGCCCGUCUGGUACCAACCAGCGCUCGACUGUUCCGACAUUAAACCGACAUACGUCGGCGACCUCGAGUCCCUUCGCGGGCACAGGCUCGCCUCGCAGCGCACCGCCGCCUUACUCGCCCGCUGAGGAGGAGUUCCCCGACGUCCCCCAGACGUCGACGUCGAUCCGCUCCGCAGGCCCGCACGGGCGCGGCCGGCGCAACCGCAGCAGCUUUGCGAGCGACCCCUCCAGCGAGCAGGAGAUCGACCACGAGACGACCGUCACCUCCAAGCCCAAGCGCAACAGAGCCAGUCUGCCUGCAUACUUCUCCCUGCUCACGACGUCAACGUCGUCACCGACGCCGCCCCGCGCACACGGACGCCCUCCUCCUGCAGACUCUCACAGCGAUCACGCGGUCCUUCCAAUCAUCACCUCCCACACCCCGCGUCGCGGCGCAACCUAUGCUCAAUCCGGUGACGCCUUCUCCCAGGUCCACUUCAAGCCCCAGCCUGGCCCGAGCGAGCGUGGACGAGGUCGCAAGCGUGACUCGGAGGCGCGCUCGGCAUCGAGCCGUCGCUCGACACAGCGCUCUCCUCCGCGUCAAUCUCGUGCACGCGCCUCGCCCUCGCGCUCACCGCCUCCCUGUGCGCACCACCGUGUCCACAUCGGCUCGCAGGCCCGUGCGAGGCUGGACAGCAUCGAGAAGGUCGCGGACUGGGUGUCCAACAGCCCUGCGAUCCCCGUGCGUGGGCGGGCGCUCACUCGCCGAAACAGCUCCCCGCCGGCGACGGAAGAGGAUGACAUCGCGGCCGUGCGAGAGGUCCUUGCGAAAAGCCUCCACUUCCACCCUGACCAUGACGAUAUCUACGUCGCUAGCCGUGACCGCAGGGGCCGGCGGCGACCCGACGAGCUGGAUCAGGGCCCCGUUGCCGUCGACGGCUACCGUGCGCCAGGCUACGGCGCCGGUCGCAGCGGCUUGAUUUCUCGUGACUGCGAGCGAGAACGCGGGCGCCCCUCGCGCGGCACUAGCUGUCUCACGUAUUCCCUGCUCUCAUCAGCAUGA